GAGUUGAUGGUGUUGUGCGGUUUUCGUUUUGUGACAAUAAUUUUUACCUAAAAAUUUAUACUCAAAUGUUGAAAUAGUCAAUUUUUUGUGUAGCAAAAUCUUUCCGUAGCAGACAGGUUUUAAAUUCAUCAAAAAUUGCAUGGUUUCCAUACAUUGAAAUACAGUAAGAAUUCGCUACCAUAGAAAAGGUAACGAAAAAGCUGCGGAAAAAAAACUGCCAGGGCACCUUUACCCGGUCAAUCGAACACCUAUUCCGGCUAGAACUGAUAAGCGAGCGGAAAAUUAUUACUUUAGCUGCCAUAAAUAGUCAUAACGGCACCUACAGUCAGUGUUCAGUGAUUACGUAUUGAAAAAAAACCGCAGUCGCAACGCAAGGCACGAGUCAAUCUGCUGCUGCCAGGCUGAACCGUGACGUGACGACCGUCUAUUGUUCCGAGCAAUUAAAGGGCCUACCAUCGUAAAUUUACAGUGACAACGAACUAACGUCGGAUAGUGUUGUUGUUAUCGGAACAAUCUGUGUUUAAAACUAACGCAUACAAUUCGCUUUGAAGUGCGUAAAAAGCACACAAUCUUCGCAGCACAAUGGCGGCGAAUGACGAUAAACCGAAUGAUACCAUGAAAUCGCUCGGGUGGAAAUUCCUCAACAAGGAGACCUUUGGUAACGGUGAACGAGCCAACUAUGUAAACAGUCCGCAUGUCAUCGCGAUGGUAGGGUUGCCAGCGCGCGGUAAAACGUACAUCUCCAAGAAGCUGUCGCGCUACCUGAACUGGAUCGGCAUCAACACGAAGGUGUUCAAUCUGGGCGAAUACCGGAGGCACGCUACCGAUGCCUACCGUAGCCAUGAGUUCUUCCGACAGGACAACGAACAGGCGAUGGCCAUCCGGCAGAAGUGUGCCGAAUUGGCACUGACGGACGUCUGCCAGUGGCUGGAGAAUGGCGGUGAAGUGGCGGUAUUCGAUGCCACCAAUUCCACCCGCGAGCGGCGCCAAAUGAUCAGGGAAAUCAUCGUGCACAAAAUGGGCUACAAACUGUUUUUCGUGGAAUCCGUUUGUGACGAUCCGCAAAUCAUCGAACAAAACAUCAUGGAAGUGAAAGUCAGCAGCCCGGACUAUACAAACAUGAACAUGGAGGAAGCACUGAACGACUUCCGCCUGCGGAUCGAACACUACCAGGAACGCUACGAACCACUGGACGAGGACAUCGAGAAGAUGCUGUCGUACAUGAAGAUCUACAACACCGGCGAAAAGGUGGUCGUACACAAGCACGAAGGGCACAUCCAGUCCCGGAUCGUAUACUAUCUGAUGAACAUUCACAUCACCCCGAGGACGAUCUAUCUGACGCGGCACGGCGAAAGUGAGCACAACCUGAAGGGAUUGAUUGGUGGCGAUUCGAACCUCAGCGAACGAGGACGCCGUUAUGCUCAAUCAUUGGCCAGGUUCAUUUCAGAGCAAAGCAUCGAAGGGCUGCGGGUAUGGACGUCGUGGUUAAAACGCACCAUCCAGACUGUAGCCGAGGUCAACGCUCCGCAGGAGCGCUGGAAGGCACUGAACGAAAUCGAUGCCGGUACCUGCGAGGAAAUGACGUACGAAGAGAUCCAGGCGAAUUAUCCGGAAGAGUUCAAGGCACGCGAUCAGAACAAAUUCGCCUAUCGCUACCCGCGCGGUGAAAGCUACGAAGAUUUAGUGGUUCGGCUGGAACCGGUCAUGAUGGAGCUGGAACGGCAGGGCAACGUGCUGGUUGUGUCGCACCAGGCCGUACUGCGCUGUGUGCUGGCGUAUUUCCUGGAUAAACCCGCAGAUGAGCUUCCCUAUUUGAAAGUGCCUCUGCAUACGAUCAUCAAACUGACCCCGGUCGCCUACGGCUGUAAGGUGGAGCACAUCAAGCUUCCGAUUGACGCGGUAGACACACAUCGUGCCAAGCCAGAGAUUCCCGGCUCCUUGGAUCCGAAGUUUAUUACCAAACGGGUAAAAGAGUUGCGACUGGAAUAGAAAAGCUUCCAGCCCCUCCGCCCCAUCGCGUCGUCGGUUCAUCGUACAUAAAAUUCGCAUCGUGGUUUAUGGCAACGCCUACGCUCCACCCCCCUCCCCAAUUGAUUGAAUGUGUGUGUGAUGUUCACCAGCCCGAAUGCUGCUACGUUGCGUAUGACGAUGAAUGUUUGUGUCCGUGCGGUUCUUUUUGCGUUCUCAGUACUUUUAUUUUUCCAGCUAGUUUGUUAGGGUAUUACACUUUACUACAUUUUAUUGGCAUUUACAAGUUUUUUUUAAAUUAGAUAAUUUAUUCUGAGUCUUGCCAUUUUUGAACCAAACAUACGUACCCGGUCCAUAGACCGGGUAGACUUUACAAACGGAUUGGUUAAUAAAUUAUUUUAAAAUGGGCUAACUUUGAGAGUUAACCCGCAAAAAAAAAGACAUAAUGUAAUUAAUCAAACUGUCAUGUAACCCUACGACAAAAAUGAAGAGACCAUAAUUAGCGUGUAAGGUAGUCCAUUUUUUUAUGUAAAAUAAUCCAAACAACUGAAAUAAAAUGAUAAUUAUAUCGAUUGAACAAAUAGUCAAAAACAGAAAAUAAAUAUCAUCAAAACAAUAGAGAUGAAAUCUCCGAACGUGCGCAUGCUUUU